AAACACAAACCUUUAGGAUGUAAAAAUGGUUAAAAGAGCUGUUUAAAAAGAAUAGCACCUAUUACACGGCUUCUAAACAAAGAUCCUUACGAGGUAAAAAUGUUAAAGUGCUGGCUAAAAGAAUCUCCGUAAUGUUUAAACUAGGAGAGAAGUAUUUUCCAGAGAUGUCUUCCAGUCGCUGUGUUAAGCAGUAAUGAAGUUAAACGGAGACGCCUCACUCUCGCUAAACCCCGCCCACACAUACGCGUUUUCAGACACGCCUCUCACUCUCUCUCUAAACACACCCAUUCACAUGUUUUCAUCGUAGCCAGUACGUUCUGUCAAAAUGUCAAUCACGGCGGUAGAACUAGAGGGCUAAUUUAUGGCCUCGUCCUUGACAGGCCUGCGUUUCUCUAGGAGUGCUUAAUUUAUGGCUCUUUGUUUCUUCCUGACCAAAGAGUUUUUUUAUGACUAGGGGGGUCGUGGUGUGAUCCUACAGAUUGUUUAUGAUAAUGAGUGUCUGCGGGGGUGUUAAUGGGUUUUAAAUAGCUUGUUAAGACAUUAUGGUUAAACACAGAAGACAGUCUGUAACUAACUGCUACAAUGGCUACACCGAGAACUCCUAAUAUCUCUAGAAGACGGUUCUGCAUCACGCCUAUAAGAGACUCUGAGGAAAAGAUUGAGGAGCUAACUUUCGCUCCGAGAAAAAACAACAAAUGUAUUAGUUUGUCAAAAAAUCUUCGUGUGGGCGAUGAGGUUGUAAAGGAGCUGUCGUUUAACCCCGAGCAGGGCGUUACCAACUCCGGAGAUCCUCUCUUAAGACCGCCCUCAUGCUGUGAUGAUUAAAACGGGGUGGCCUGUGUCACAGUUAAACACAUAUUACGAAGAUGUCUCAAGAUUCUACAUACGCCUGCUACAGCAACACCCCGGAGACAGCGCCGGCUCUGCCCGACGACAACGCGACAACGCUAGAAUCCACUCCGCAAACAUACGACAACAAGUGGUUGGAUAAUUUCUGCAAGGAAUUAGGAUAUCACAACCUAAGUUUCCUCACAACUCCGUACGGAAUCAGCGGCUCUUUAACUGGCGCCUCGGCCUACAUCGGUGUUGAUGACACAGACGGCUGUAUUCGAUCUGACGCGUUCAAGAUUAUAAAAGCGACAGUCGUGGUCCUUCUGGAGCAUGUUAUCAAUAAAAAACUGAAAGAUCUCUGUUUGGGGUGCGAAGUGGAUCAUCCGAGUCAGCUUAGACACUCUUGUCUCUUCGAACCUGACGCGUAUUUCUUUGACAAAUACUUUGAGGAACUAUCGCGUGAUCUGCUCAAACCUGGGCUUAAACAUUUCAUCGCUCAAGCCUUGAGUCGGUUUGGUUUGAGGGUUAACCCUCAGAGAAUUCAAGGAUCGGUGGAUGCCGUUCUACACGAGCUGCAGGACGAAGUGUACAUCGUGCAAAGGCUUAACGAGGUAAGAGAGAAACUUGUGGAUGUCAGCAGCGAGCAGAUCGUCUACGACGCCGUGGACAGCUGGAAGGGAGUCACACCAACCGUUUGA